AUGGCAGAGAACAACCGCCACGAUGCCAUCCCAGGCACCGUCACAUUGGUUGACUUGCAGAAUGUAAUUGCUACACGACAUUCUGGGAACAAUUCCGACAUUGUGCUUGUACCUGCUCCUUCGGAUGACCCGGAUGACCCGUUGAACUGGUCUCCUGCGCGGAAAGCUUUGUCCACCGUCUGCCUUAGCGUAUGGGUCUUUUUUAUGGGCAUCACUGCCUCGGUGGUGUAUUCCGUCCUGGUUCCUCUGUCGGAGGCGACUGGACUAUCCGUAGCAACUUUGAAUGAAGGCACAGGAUACAUGUUUCUGCUGGCAGGAUGGGGUCUACUCUUUUGGCAGCCGUUUGCCCUUCAUUAUGGGAAGCGACUGACAUACCUAAUUUCGGCAUUGGGAUCGAUAGGAGUAACCAUGUGGGGACCGUAUUGCUCGUCAAAGGGCGAGUGGCUUGCACGAUGUAUUCUUCAGGGAUUCAUUGCUGCCCCUAUCGAGGCCCUCCCCGAAAUUUCGGUUGCGGAUGUGUAUUUCACCCACGAGAGAGGAACAUACAUGGCAAUCUACGCAUUCUCUCUCAUUGGCAGUAACUAUUUCGCUCCAGUCAUUUGUGGCUUUAUUGCCGAAUACCAGGGCUGGGAAUGGGUGUUUUACUACCCGAGUAUCUUCCUUGGUGCAGCGACCGUGUUCGUCUUCUUUUUCAUGGAGGAGACGAACUAUACGCGACACUCAGUGGACGUAUGUCGUGGUGCACCGGAGGCUACACCGGGUAAAGCAAGCGAUUCAGACAAGGAAAAGGGCGAGCCAACGACCACUCGCACUGAUUCCAGUUCUUCUGUGUCGCGGACGCCUCGAGUAAAAAAGUCAUUCUGGAGGAAGAUGUCACUUCUCAACUUCGACUCUUGGCUGCCUGAUACUCUGCACUAUCGUGCGUUGCAGUCGCUCUACUUUUUGAACUGGCCUGUGAUUGUCUAUGCUGGCUUCUCGUACGGAUCAUACAAUAUCUGGUUUAACGUCCUGAACGGAACGGCAUCCAUCAUCCUAGGCUCAGAGCCGUACAAUUUUGGUUCAUCAAUGGUUGGCCUUAGCUACCUUGCAUGCUGUCUCGGCGUCUUUGCAGCGGCUAUCUUUACUGGACGUUUCAGUGACUGGCUUACUGUCCGUCUCGCUCGUCGCAAUAACGGCGUCAUGGAAGCGGAACAUCGACUAUGGCCUUUCCUGCCAUGCAUCAUCCUCGUUCCGAGCUCACUCAUCCUUUGGGGCGUUGGUGCCGCUCAUGAAGUGCACUGGUUCGGGCUGAUAUUCGCAAUGUGGCUGCUAGCCUUUUGCAAUGCCUGCGGUAUCACCCUGAGCGUUAACUACAUGGUCGACAGUUACCGUGAAAUCAGCGGUCAAGCAAUUACCACGGUGAUGCUGAUUCGGAACACCAUGUCGUUUGCAAUUUCUUAUGGUAUCACCCCCUGGAUCGAGAACCUGGGAUACCAAAACUGCUUUGUAUCUGCGGCUUUUAUCGGCAUGGCAUGUUCUGCCAUAUUCCUGGUCAUGGUGAAGUUUGGGAAGCCACUGCGGGCUCGGUCGCGCGAGAAGUAUUGGAAAUUGGUCGAGGAGAAUGUCAAGAAUGGAAUAAACCAUUGA